AUCUCUAUGGUCGAUACACGCCCGCCAUGGCUAUAUAGGAAUUCCGUGUACUAGUGAUUCAUGGUGGUUGACUCCUUUACCUCCGUGGCAGCACCAGUUCUACAAUAGAAAACAACCUCAUGCUUGCUUUCGCAAAACCUUCCUUUCGCGCAUUGUUUUUUAUUUUCGACUUUUUUAUCCAUAACAACAAACCGACAAAGUCAAAUUAAUUUUACGCAAAUCAAUGUGACAAAUCCCAGUAGUUUUCGAUCGCUUAGCGGUGGAUUUUUACGAAUAUAUGCGUACACCCACUGUUCGUUAUCGAACGUAAGACAAAUACGAUUUGCCAUUUGACCGCGUGUUGUGAUUGCUAAACAAGAUGGGAUCGUUGACAAGUAGGCAGAACGCUGGAGUCGAGGAGGUUGAUAUCACUUCGAACCACGCGUAUAAAUAUCCUCCACGAUCCGGGUCCUACUUUGGCAGUCAUUUCAUAAUGGGCGGUGAGCGAUUUGACACGCCUCAGCCUGAGGCGUAUCUCUUUGGAGAGAAUGCAGAUCUGAAUUUCUUAGGCAGCCGACCAACUCCUUUUCCAUAUCCUCCGCCACAAGCCAACGAUCCUACAAAGACAUUAAAGAGCUUAGUGAACAUACGCAAGGAGUCUCUGAGGCUGGUUCGUAAUAUGGACCAAACAUCGACGUCCUCGCAUUACCACAGUGUCAAGCACUAUGGCGACAGCGAUAUUGACAAGAAACCCAACCGUUUUAACAUUGAAUUUGUGUUCGACUGCGACGUGAGAUGUGCGAUAACGAUUUAUUACUUUUGUACGGAAGAAGUUUCAACGAAAGGAGUUGCAUAUAUACCACGGGAUCCAUCUAUGAACUCUGAAACAUAUCAUUAUAAAAAAGGAGCAAACCAAUUGUUCUCACAAACGUCGCACAUAUUCGAUCCAACAUUGUACACUGAAGAAGAUUUAAUAUACAAUGCAGAUAGAGAAAUUAUUCCAAUAGCUAUACAUUGUGUAGCAGAGGAAGGAUCGGACGAUCUAAAACAAUCUCAUACAACCAUAGCCGUGGUUGAAAAACAUUCUGAUGGGACAUACGUAUUAAAAGCACUUAAACAGAAGCUUUAUGUGGACGGCCUUUGCUAUUUAGUACAGGAGAUAUAUGGAAUUGAGAAUAAGAAUACUGAAAAUGCAAAACAACAAGGCAGCGAUGAGGAUACCGAGGACAAUGGCUCCGAAUGUGUUAUUUGCAUGAGCGAAGUACGCGACACGUUAAUUUUGCCGUGCAGACACUUGUGCCUGUGCAACUCCUGCGCCGAUUCGUUGAGAUAUCAAGCAAACAACUGUCCGAUAUGUCGCGCACCGUUCAGGGCGCUCUUGCAGAUUAAAGCUCUUCAGAAAGCGACCGGGACAAUUAUAUCUAAUCCACCAUUGCCAGAGGGAAGUUGCGAGAAUAUCCCAUCGGGCUACGAAGCAGUGUCUCUGAUAGAAGCUUUAAAUGGACCUUACACUCCACGAACUGUCAUUAUUGCACCAGAAUCACCCGAUACUCCCGAUACAGAUACGGCGAGUGCCAUUCAAGCCGCGGAAACUUUAAAUCGCUCGACCGAACGUACCCCGGUCUCAAAACACAUAUCCGCCAAAGAAACUGAUAUGUCGGCCAGGUCUAGCGGUACCGCUUGUCCGACUCCCGAAUUUCGUAUGUCCGUAUUACUAGCCAGGGACGAACACUCUGGUUCUCAAAAGGAGUUGCAUAAUAGAUCUCCAGCUAUGCGCACCAAAUCGGUACAUACGCGCGAUAAAUCUGGUUUAAGAACACGCGACACAUUGAGAUUGGUUAAUGAGAAACAACCAGCUUCUUUAUACGAGACAUCAUUUUUAAUAAAGGGACAAGGCCAAGACGAAGAUAGCGAAGCGGAGAAGUUAUCGCCAUUAUUAGAUGCAGCAACGAGCACUGAAGCUUUAGAUGUACAUUCCCAUAGAAUAUGCGAUAUUGACAUUGACGACGAGAUUCAAACGACAGGAAACGAAAAUGACGCAGACAUUACCUGUCACUCGCACUAGAAAGUGGCCGUGAAUAUAUCUUUGCACGAUAUUCAUUCUUCUUUCAUCAGCCCAGCGUAAGUGCUUUCCAUUUAUGUGACUUUUAACGAGGGAAAAAAAGAAAAAGAGCGAUGGAGUGAUGCAGUGGGAGAGAUAUACGUUAGCUGAAGACGACGAGUGCAAUACGAUAAAUGAAAAGCCAUUAUAAUUUGUGAAUAUAAAUUUAGAAUAUAAGUUGGUCUAUAUAAUAUUAAUUAUAUUGUAGAUAUAUUUGUGUUCACACACGCGCGCGCGCGCAACUACAUUGAGAAUAUACCUAUAGUAUUUAUUUUUGUAAAACUAAAUUUAUAUAUAAUUUAACAAAUAGGAUUUAAGAUUAGAUUUGUUUCCUCUAUUUUUCAAGGUACUGGUCGGAAGAAUACUCUUGCGAAAGUAGACGUAAAGAAUUAAAUUGCGUAACUAAAUGGAAAGCCCCUAAUAGUAUACAAUGUUUUAUUAUGCAACUUAAGGGCCUGAGCAGAAUAGCUAACUUCUAAUGUUAAGACAAUGUUUUAUGUUUUAAAUCUUUUUAGUAAUGCACUAUACUGCCUUGCGUCACGUUUUAAACGUGUGUACGAAGUGUCAAUAUAUUUGUAAGACUUGAGAUACAAGAUAGCAUUGUGCGUUAUUAAAAUCAAAGAUUUAAAGCAUAAAACACUGUCUUAAAACUACAAGUCAGAUUCAGGUCCUAGCAUGAACAAGUAAGAUGCGAAAAACUGCAUUUCUUACAAAUUCUUAUACUAUAAUUGUUAGAAUCUCGAGUAGAACGCGUAUAUAUCACAAUUUAUCAAAUUGUGAAGACUGGGACAGUACUUUGUAAAAAGGAAAUGUUAUAUAAUAUCGCAUUUUUUAGAACAGUAAAGUGUAAUUAUUAAAUUCAUUUUACAUAUGAAUUGAUAGGUAAUAAAAGUGCUUCCAUUCGGCGUUUACCGAUUUUUAUUUCAUAGACAGUAACUAUAUUUAAGGCUCGAGCCUUAACUAGAUAUAUGAGCUGGACAUUAGAUAGUAAAUCUGUAGCAUGGUGAUACACAUAAAUCUCAAAUUGAUUGUCAAA